AUGGCUCCUCUCUUGAACCCCGCGCUUCCUGUGCGCUCUGUGUCCAAAGGACCAGACGCCCAUACCGACACCGAGCACGUCCAGUAUCCUACCCCGUUGCAGAGCAGUGGUGCUUUGGAUAAUUUUGCGUUUGAGGAGACGACUCCUGCUAUUGGGAGAGAGUACGCCGAUGUUAAUAUCGUUGAUGAUCUUCUCCAUGCUCCGAACUCUGAUGAGCUGGUGCGCGAUCUUGCUAUUGCUAUCUCCCAACGAGGCGUCGUCUUCUUCCGCGCCCAAGACAACCUCACCGACGAUCUCCAAAAAGACCUCGUCCAGCGCCUAGGCCAAGCAGCCGGCAAACCCGCCGACUCGACGCUGCACAUCCACCCCGUCCUAAACAACACAAACGAGUUCGGCGUCCCCGACGCCCAAGUCAGCACGAUCAGCUCACUCGCGCGCAAGAAGAUGUUCCGGCACGGAGCCCAGUCCAACAAGCGCCAUUACGACUCCGCGCAAUGGCACUCGGACAUCCAGUUCGAAGCCGCCCCGGCAGACUACACCUCUCUGCGCCUGACGCAGCUGCCCAGCUCCGGUGGCGACACACUCUGGGCGUCUGGCUACGAGCUGCUGGACCGCUUCUCGCCGCCCUACCGCCGCUUCUUCGAGUCUCUAACAGCGACUUUCAUCGGCGAGGGCUUCCUCCGAGCUGCAGCGGACGACCCCGAGAACGUCAAGGUGUACACCGAGCCCCGCGGGAACCCGCUUAAUAUCGGCCCUGAUCUAGCAGCCGUGCAUCCUAUCGUCAGGACGAACCCUGUGACGGGGUGGAAGACGCUGUUCGCGCUGGGCCCGUUCCCGCGCCGCAUUAACGAGCUGAGCGCGGAGGAGUCGGAUGAGUUGCUGGGGAAGAUUUAUCGUACCGUGCGUGAGAAUCAUGAUCUCCAGGUGCGGUUUAAGUGGAGGAAUCCGAAUGAUAUUGCCAUCUGGGACAACCGCUGCGCUUUCCACACCGCAACAUUCGACUACGAAGGUCUCGGCGAGCGAUUCGGUCACCGCGCUGUUGGGAUCGGCGAGAGACCGUAUCUGGAUCCGAAUAGUUUGACGAAGGAGGAGGCGUUGGCUGCUGCUAGUGGGAGUGAAUAG